AUGGUUCUCGCAGCCGUGGGGCAGCUCUGCUCAACUGCUAACAUAGCGUCGAAUCUGGCUCAAUGUCAAGUCCUAGUUCAAAAGGCAGCAGCAGCAGGUGCUAAGGUCUUGUUUCUCCCCGAGGCGUCGGACUAUAUCGCAUCUUCACCAGAGCAAUCCUAUGAUCUCGCUAAGUCUCAAGAGUGCGCCGACUUUGUUUCAGCUUUACGGAAAGAUGCUGAGAAACGCAACUUGCACAUUAAUGUCGGGAUUCAUGAAAUAGCUUCUGAGACCAGACUCAAGAAUUCAUUGAUCUGGAUUGAUAACAAGGGAGCCAUCACCCAAAAAUACCAGAAGAUUCACCUUUUUGAUGUUGAUAUCAAAGAUGGACCUACCCUUAAAGAAAGCGCGAACGUCCAGCCGGGGCACCAGAUCCCCAAACCAUUUGAGACACCUAUCGGGCGUGUUGGCCUAAGCAUAUGUUUUGAUUUACGGUUUCCGGAGAUCAGUCUGGCUUUGAGGCGACAGAAUGCCGAAAUCAUUACAUACCCAUCAGCAUUUACAGUGCCGACAGGAAAAGCUCACUGGGAACCCCUGCUACGAGCAAGAGCCAUUGAGACGCAAUCAUUCGUGAUAGCAGCGGCCCAGGCAGGUCCUCACAACGAAAAAAGAAAAAGCUAUGGUCAUUCGAUCAUCGUCAAUCCGUGGGGUGAAGUUUUAGUGAAGCUCGGAGGUGAGCACGAAGAACCACAGAUUGCGAUAGCCGAUGUUGAUCUCAAUCUUGUGGCGAAGAUUCGGCGAGAAAUGCCCUUGCUUCGAAGGAACGACCUCUACCCAGAACUUUGA